CCGGAAGUAUGUGCCAGCGUUCUGCCGCCUGCUUUCUGGGAGGAUGGUCAUCAGCGGGGAGUCGCUUCUCAACUCCGAGAUACAUGGUGCAAGGCGUGCCAGGCACGCCUGUGGAAACUGAAGAAAACGUGCCUGGCCCUGAUGACUCAGAUACGAGAGGAAAUCGUCCAGGGCCGCUUGUCUACGGGGGAGGAAUCCGUGUCCUCCCUGGUGGCCUCGAGGCUGGCCCGGCUCGACUACCACUCCCCUCUGGUGGAGGGUUGCUGCGACCUCUGCCACUCCCACGGCAGCCAGCUCCGCCGAGAGGCCCUGGACAUGGUUCAGUCGCUGGAGCAUUGGUGUCCCGCCACGGGCAUACCUCUGCACCAGAGGCCCACGUCCCCACCCCAAGCGAUGCGUCGACCUGCCGAGUCCUGUUCGCAACCUGGCCGAAGGGCGCCGACACCGUGGAUGUCUACCCCUACGUCCAAGAAUGGGGACCGUAACGAGCAGGCCUGCGGCUCGGGCGCCGAAAGCAUCGAGCGCCAGGCGCAGUCUUGCGCCGAACAGAGCUGCCGCCCGCCGGCUAGGCCCAGCCUGGUGCAGGAGCUGGCCGCCCGCACUGGCUGCGCGGUGUCGGCCACCAGCGGGUCCGAGUCCGGCGCGUCGCCCUCGUCGAGCAUGGGCGACGUGCCGCCGUUCGCCCCGGCGCCUUCGCCCGCGGGCUCGGCGCCCCCGUGCUCGUCGUACCUGCUCCAGCAGCUGGCCUCCAGCUGCUCCUUCCCCAACUCGCUGGACGGCGUCCCGAGCACCUGCCACAGCUCGCCCUGCGGCGGGCCGGCGUCGUCCGCGAUGCAGCUCCGUUCGUCGCCGUCGGCGGCCGCCUCCUUCUUCGCCAGGGCGGCUCAGCGGCUGAACCUGUCCUCGAAGCGACGUCGACGUCACGGCGGGGGCUCCGCGGUGACCGACGGCUCCCAGUCGGCCGCGGAUGGUCCUGUGUUCGUAACCCGCUACGCGGAACUCUUGCGCGAAUCGCCGCCCGCCGUGCCCCCGGCGCUGCUCCGGGGUCUCAGUCGCAAGGACACUGGCCUCGGAAAGGUGAAAGUGAUGCUUCGAGUGUGCCCUGUUGCGUCAACCGGUGGCGAUUCCUCGUCGUCCGGCUCGACACCGUCGCAUUCUCCGGCCCACGAACCGGGAGCCACUGUCGGCGGCCCCUCCAGCUUUCUCCAAUUGGAUUCCCGCAAGAAACAGGUUACAUUGUACGACCCUACCGUAAGCGGCAGCUGUGGUGGAAGCGCGGACAGGGCCUCCUCUGGCGACGAGGCGACCACCCCGAGCUCUCCAUCCUCCGCCCCCGCCCGAUUGACGGGCGUCGCGGCACCAAAGAUGUUCGCCUUCGACGCCGUCUUCUCGCAAGACGCAACACAGGCGGAGGUGUGCUCCAGCGCCCUGACAGAGCUGGUGCAGGCCGUCGUGAACGGCACGGAUGCCUGUCUCUUCGUCUACGGACCGGCCGGACUCGGCAAGACGUGGACGAUGCUGGGCAGCGGGUCGGCGCAGGAGCUGGGCGCCAUCCCCUGCGCGGUGUCCUGGCUCUUCCGGCUCAUCGACGAGCACAAGCAGCGCACGGGCGCCCGUUUCUCGGUGCGCGUCUCGGCCGUCCAGGUGGCCGGCCGCUCCGAGCACCUGCGAGACCUGCUCGCCGAACAGGCCAACGGCACCGAAGGUUCCGGCACGGCGCCGGGCCUGUACCUCAGGGACGACCCCAUCCUGGGCACCAAGCUGAUGAACUACAGCGAGCUGCGCGCUCCCACAGCCGAGAAGGCUGCCUUCCUAUUGGACGCCGCCGUGGCCGCUGCGGCGGCAGCCAAUCAGAGGUCCGAGUCCGAGAGCCGGAACCGUCACUUCCUGUUCACGCUACACGUCUACCAGUACCGGGUGGACAAGAGCGGGAGAGGAGGAGUGGCCGGAGGGCGCAGCCGGCUGCACCUUUUCGACCUGGGCAGCUGCGAGCGAGGAACCAAGGCUGGCGGUCCUCUCAGCCUGUCCGCUCUGGGAAAUGUCAUCCUGGCACUAUUCAACGCCCAGAAGAGGCUGCCCUUCCGGGAGUCCAAGGUGACGCAGCUGCUGAAGGAGGCCCUGGGGAGUGUCACGUGUCGAGCCGCCAUGAUCGCCCACGUGUCUCCUCUGGCGGCCAACUACGCCGAGACGCUGGCUACGAUACAGCUGGCGUCCAGGGUUCACCGCAUGAGACGCAAGAAGCUAAAGUACGGCUCCACCAUGACGAGCGCUGCGGCGGACGGCGUGGACGGCGUGUGUCGGCCCUUCAUGCGGACCCAGGCGCUGAACGAGGAAGGUUCGGGCCCGCGGUCCGGCAGCUCGGACCCGGAGUACACGUCGAGCAGCGAGCAGUCGUGCGACACGGUCAUCUACGUGGGCCGCCACCAGGACUUCACGGACAACGAGGGCCCGCCGCCCGCGCUCGAGGCGGUGCUGUCGGCGCCCACGCCGCAGAACUCGCCCGCCAGGACCGUGACGGCCAAGCCUCCGGAGUCACCGGCGCGACACGGCGGCAGCAGCAGUGCCUUAGGACCGGCGGUCGCCAGGCAGGAGGCGUCCGCGCCUUCAAAGUGCGCCGCAGCCAAACGCGAUGCCUGCUCCUCUCCCAGCGCCGCCGAGAGCCACGGUAAAGCGCAUCACACGCUGAAGAAAAGCCACCGUGGCGGCGGAGGCUCCGCCAAGGAUCCGCCUGUGACGUCAGCGUCGACGGCGAGCCAGGACGCAGCAGCCGCCGCCGGUGGCUCUAGGCGCGCCAGCGAUGAGCUCUGGAUCGACGGUCCACGCUUCUCGAAGCCACGCUUUGACUCACGCACUCUGGAGCAGCUGCAGAAGGAGCAGUGGGUUGACGGCCCCGCAGUGGCCGCCGCCGUGUACGGCUACAUGGACGACCACAAGAAGAACAUGGUCGAGCGCUGGGUGCAGGAGCACUCGCGCUACUCGCAGAGCCCCAAGGGUGCCAAGAAGCACCGGCCGGCCUCGUCCAACAGGACCGAAGCCGAGCCAAGUCCCAAGUCGACGCCGGAGCACAGAAAGACGAGGACACACCACGAGCACCACUCGAAGAGAAGGAACUCGCCGGAGAGGUGUCACGUGAACGGCGGAGCCGCCAAGGAACACCACGACCGUAGCACAACGCACGACGCUCCUUCAUCGGUGCAGCACGCCAAGUCGUCCAAGUGCGCUCCCAGCAAGAGAGACCAAGGUCAGAACACGACGCGAGAAGAGGUCGCCACCUGCCAGGACGUUCACAUGACGCCCGCCGAAGAGGAACAGCCGGAGUCGCCCGUGCAGAUGCAGGACUGCUGCUUGCAGGUCACUGAAGAAGACAUCCUUGCCGCGACAUCCGGCUGGCCUGCGGCCAACGACGAGAACCCGCUGCCUGAGGUGGACCAGGGAAGCAGCAAGAACGGAGCUGGCGGUGGAAGUCAGGAGAGUCAUCCCCUCCGUGUACUAAGCGACGACGGCCUCAACCUGCCGUCCUCUUUCACGGACUCCAGGUCCGUAAGCGUGGACCUCAACCACGUCGUCGGCGACGACGCCGAGAUCCUGGGACACGUCUACGGGGGCCUGACCUGGAAGCUUCUCCAGGGAACCCUGCUUCAGCGUCGCCGGGAGCGUCACCAGAGGCUCUACGGAGACGACAUGAGCGUCGGCGUCAAGGGAGACGUGCUCACCGAGAAGCUGGAGCGCAUCGCCAGACUGCGAAAGUUGACGUCACCGUACUUCGAUAACAACAACGAGCGGAUACCGUCCCUGCUCAUAAUGCGCAGCGGAACGUCCAGCCCCACGGGAGGCCGCUACGGCAGCCUUCCGAACCGGAAGCAGCGGAAGGACCUGUGCGACGACCACGAUGGCUCCACGGACGACGGCAGUAACAGUGACUGCGCGGACGUCACCAGCACCAAAAGCGAACCGGCUGACUUGGACGCGGACAGGUACGACAUCCAGAGGCUUAACAUCAAGCCCAUGAACGGCCUAAAAUUGGAAGCCUUCUACAACCGCAUCCAGAAAUCAAAUUCCUCGCUCGCCGAGAGCCAAGACCUGUCACCGCCCAAGCUGUCGCCCCAGGGCGACACCCUGUUCCAGUCGUACUCGGAAAAGCUCGAUCUCCUAGCAAAGGACUUCGGCGUGUUCCCGGGUGCGCAAGAUGCUCCGGUAAUAGACGUUCAGCCUCACAGGCUGUUCCCUCUGCUUAACGCGAACGGCGAGGCUGAUGGGCUCCCAGCCAACCAGAAAGUUCCUCCUCAAAGCACAGAGGCUCCGACGGACUCCCCACCAGAGGCUUCGGGGGACUGUGCUUCGCCGGCUGCUUGCUCCUUCGCCAGGCAGCCAAGGCGGCUAAGCAGCGGAGGACCGAGCGAAGACGUCGCCGCGAGGUUAGCGCAGAGCGGCGACCACGCCCCGAGCCAACACCACGCGGAGAAGUCCACCUCUAAGCCUAACAGGGCACUAGCUAAUGGCACUCGCACUAGUUCCUCAACGCAGCAGCAGCAGCAACAACAGCAGCAGCCCGUUAAAACGGAACACUCGUCUCCCAAAAGAGUGGUCGCGCCCGGCUCGAAACCACAGCGCAAACUCAGCUGCGGAAAUGUUCCAGUUCCAGCAGCCGCUGUGGUUGUGACCUCGGCGCACAAGAUUCACAUGUCGCCGUCGCGAGCAGCCGCCAGCCCGACGAACAGCGCUUGCGGCACUCUCACGAGCUGCUGCAGCCCGACUAGGAGUCGAGUGAGCGCCAAGAACGGCCGCGCUCCGACGGCCCCACCUGCGGCUGUGAUCACCAAGGCACCGUGCAGCAACGGCAAGCACUGCGAUCCGACGAGGCUCGCCAAGAAGCCGCAGCACGGUAGCAAACAGCCGCCGGUGGGAGCCACCACGUCGAGCGCCGAUGGUGAUGGCAACCCCACAAGCGCAGCCAACAACCCGCUCUGUCGCAGCGUGUCGACACCUACCACACCGUGUAGUGCGACGGACUCGAAAGCGGCGAUCCAGCGGGCGGAGACGGUGGACUCGGGCGCAUUGCCGUCCCCGUACGCCACGGUGACGCAGGCAAGGCCCACAAUACGCAAGUCGAGCAGCGGCCAUGGCAGCAGCGACUCGAGCAGCUUCAAGGGCGUCAUGAAGACAGUGCAGGUGGUGCAAUGCUCGGGCACGAGCAGCGGAUACGAGAGCAUUAUCCUGCGCGACAGCACUCCGGCCUCCAGCCAGGACUCCGGCAGCGAGCGAGGCAACAAGGAUGGGCGCGGCCGCAAGGGAUCCCGCAAGGCAGCGCAAGUGCAGGUGGAGGAGUCGGCGGCAGGAGCCGAUCGGCGCCGGGCCGGAGCCCACCCGAGAGCCCACCCGUGCGAAGGCGCCAGCACAUGCCGGGACUUGGCAGGCACGUGCAGCGCUGGCACCAGCAGCACGGACACGAUCUGCGCGGAGGAGCUGCCGGGGGCCAGCCCGAAGACGAAGUGGGCUGUGCUGGCCUUUUGUGCUGCAGGCUUCUGGACUUCUACUAGGCGCCGCAGCGGCAGCAUAGGCAGAGGCAGGGGCAGCAGAGCCCCCUCAUAGUGGACAAACUGGCCUGUGUGUGCGUGCUGUGUGUGAAUGUGCGCGGGAAACUGUUCGACCCGUAAUAACUUGAUACUGACAGGGGCUUUCUUUGUUUUUCCUUCUCGAAAACCAGUGUUUUUACCACAGCAGACGAGCGUCAUGGUGCGUAUGGAAGAGAGCCUGCUUCGCAACUUUCGAUGACAAUAAUAACAGAUAGCAUUAGCAUAGCCGAAACAUGGCAACACUAGAUGUAAAUACAUGCACCGGAAUACGCGAGCACGUAGAACGCGAGCAACCCCGCCAGCGGCGACAUCGUGUGGCAUUGUGAUCAGUCAAAACGCGUAAGCUUUAACUCCAAUAAGGGGAGCGCCCGUGAGCCAUCAGACCUCGGGGGUAAUGACGUUAGAAACACUACCCGCAUUGUAUCGUCUGAUCAAAAAAAAAAAAAAAAGUCAAAUAUACCUUCGCGAAAAUGGCAUUGCUGCAGAAGCUUUUACACAGGCACAUAAGUGAAAUAAGUACAGUGGAGUCAUUGCAAUAAAAGUUUUCUGUGCUUCUUUUUAAACAUCGUGCCGUUAGAUGUCACCAGAAGCGUUGUUCCUCGCGUCUACAUCUUCGAGUGUGCGUCUGCAAUGUGCUGUCAUUGUUAUUGAGUGAAAACCGUUCGGAAAAGGCACUGAGCACUGAAGCUGUAGAUCUUGAGACAUCAAACUGAGCACUGGUCUUUGCCCUCGGCCAAGACGGCCUUCACGCAACCAGGAUGACGUUCACGUCCCGUCACAGAGCACGGUCGUUACUUCUGCUGGGUUUGUUAAAGCAACAAGUAAUUCUGUGUAAGCUCGAGACGGAUGCGUUUUACGGAAAGACGGGACAUAAAAGUGUUUUAGCAUAGCGUCAUCGUCUAACGUCGAGCUGAGGACAAAGUAUUAGCAACGCGUUUAUCAUUAUGAUUGAAAUAAGCAGUUUGGUUUGGCGUUGUAAGGCCUAAGACAAGAUGUCACUAUGCCUCGGAAGAGUUUCGAUUUCUACCUACCAGGUGGCGCCACGGAAUUUAGCGUUGAUUUGUCUGUAAUUAGUUUCCUCUUGACCAGAGGACCGCCGUAUUUUCGCUUCAUGUUGCCUAGUUUCGUACACGUCGUCCCGGUAAACUUGCGGAACUGACUGUCAAAGACAUGUUCUAUUUGAAAAAAAAAAGGAAAAACUGCCUAAAUCAAAACUAUUCAAUAUACUGUACAAAAAACAUUUCGCCAGAAUGAGCACGACAGGAGCUGAAAUUUCUGUUUGAAGUUCAAGCGAUAGGACGCGAAAGGUAAACCAAGACGCUAAAACAAGCCAGCUUUAGCCGAGUCAUGGCAGCUAGUUUCUACACGGUUACAAAUCCAGGAUAGAUCCCGAAGUUGUCAUUACUUUUUUUUAACGGUGGCUUUAACGGGCGCUGGCACUAUUCCUGAAAUCAGCGCAGCAUACGGACGUCCUCUGAGCCCGCAGUAUAUUUUAUUAGAAAUAACGAGAAAAAAUAACUUUACGUUUAACGUUAGUCAAGAGCCUACGUGGAGCAACUCGAUAUUUAGAGGGUUUUCUUCUUCUUAUUCUUCUUCUUCUUCUUCUUCUUCUUCUUCUUCUUCUUCUUCUUCUUCUUCUUCUUCUUCUUCUUUACUCAACUGACAGACACUUUGAACAUGACCCAGGUGGAUAGAAAAAUUCUGAUAAAUACGAAAUAUACCAAAUUUACUCCGAAUAUAGCGCUGUGCUUAACACAAAUUUACAAUGUUUUCUCUUAACUCCAGAGGUUAUCUUAAAAUUAAGAUGUUUGCUUUUUGAAAUGCUCCCAUGCUUGUUUGUGCAUGUACUAAUUGGUCGCUGGAUAUGUCUACAUAUAGAGCUUAAGUUUCUUGUUUUCUUUUCUUCAGCUGCGUCUGAAGUUUCAUUCUCUAGAUAGCCGCAACAGAACAGUAUUGCUCACCUCUUAUGCCAUCACCUAUACUCGGGGGCAACCUUUCUUGGCAGUGCAGGGAAAGCUAUGGGACCGAAGCGCAGAGACUCCUUACGCGCCAAGAAAUAGUUCCCUAAAUUCAUUAUUAAUUUUCACAGUUCCAUGGCUCAAGUAAAUUCUACUACAUUUAUUGAUAUGUUAACAAUGAUUAUGAGAAGCCGUACAUGGUAUACUAUAAUUAUUAUGCUCUUUGAAAAAGAAUUCCUUACAUUUAUUUAUUUUUUUAUUUCUCGGAUCCCACAAUGUUUUCUGAGCACCUGUUCUGUACAGUAAACAGGGUGCAGAAGCACGGAUAACCGAGCUGAGGGGCGCGUCUGUAGACAUACCUGAUAAAAAAAAAUCUUUGGUGAGAACGCAGUUCUCACAAAAAAAUCUUGACGUGGCAUUUUCAACGGUAAAAUCAAUAUUUCGUCAAAUUUUGGUAAACAUCCAGGGCUAUAUCGGAGGUUGUGAAGACGGGCAACGGGCGUACACAGCAUGUAAUCAAAACCGAAACUGUCCCCGAAAGAAGCUGCUAGCUGCCGCACUACUUGGCGGAGUAACACUAUCGUGCAGAAGCUCCACCUCCUCUAGCCGUCACUUCAAUACCAAGAUAAGUUGUACCAUGGUCCCUCGAAAGCUAUUAAGGGACUAUGGUUGUACCCAAGGAGGUUUAAAAAAAAAAAGAACCUCCUUGGAUGUACCCGAGUAUAGCAGGGGGUUUUCAUCACAAGCCACAGCUCAUUACGCACACUCCAUUGCAUAAGAGCUAUAGCUCGGCAGAAUUAAAAGACGCGAUUCUAUAAAGAAAACAAUUUCAUCUGUUCGCCAUCCAGUUAAAGAGGACGUGCCAGAUGCUGCGUGCGCACAAAAAGUGCGGUAACAGUACUUGUUGCUAGGCCGGAUGUUUCAUAGUUAUUACGGUAUGAUAGGACGCGAAACAUUGUGAAGUAAGAUGAGACGCUCUUUACUGUCCUGGUCUUACUUCACAUCGUUUCGCGUCCUAUUACACCGCAACAAGUGGGAUAAUUUUCCUCGCUAAACCCACUUCAAGAGGAGGACCGGCGCGUAGCGCCACCUACAUUAUCGUCUCUCCUACUGGAAUCAGCAUCAACUCCAGCACAAGCAGACGGCAGACUUGACCAGAACGUCGUCUGCAAGAACCUGGCACCUGCGGGAACGCAGUGAAGGGUUCGCUUCCACUCCCGUACCAUGAUCUCCAGAACGAGCCAAGCCAAGACAAGCAACGUGCCACUUUUUCACAGCCGACGGUGGAUAAAACGAACUCCGUCAGUUACGGCCCGCGCGGACUGAUAUUGCUCGGAAGUGUGCAUGCUUGUGUUCUGCAUACAGUUCGUCUGCCUACUAGUUUUGUAUACCACGUGUGUUUGUUCCAUAGCGUUCAGAACCAGUAAGGUAAAACACAUCUCUUUGUACACACGCUUCUUCGAAUCCUCCCAGAGAAGAGAAGAAACUUUUUGGACACGCGUUGUCGAGUGUGUAAGCGUGAACUGAGCGCCAUGUUGCGCGAGGAGGAUCUUAAUAAUAUCAAAAAUACAAACACAAGCGGGUGCGUGCCGACUGUGUGCCCCGCUCUGUUGUUCAUUUGUACGUGUUAUAUUAAAAAGUGUUA